GCCAAUUGUUCAACUUGUCGUUAGCACUAACGCUCCAUUAAAUUUUGCUAACGUAUCGUUAAAAUUUAACGUCUCGUUAAUCCUGUUGUUCAUCUCAUAGUUAGUUUUAACGCUCCGUUAUAAUGUUCUUAACUUGGGUGAAAUUUAACGAUGGUAGUAGCAGCGUUAAACCAUUUAACCAUGGUAUAAUCAGAAAAUGGCUGCUUUGUUAAUGCCACCACUGAGACCCAGAAAGGACAGAGUUUUUAGAGGAACUAUUUCACAUUUAACAAAUUUAAAUGAUGAUGAACUUAGAAGGAGGUAUAGAUUUGGCAAGGACUCAAUUGCUUACCUUUGUAAUCUUCUACAAGACAGACUCAAAAGGCCAACUAAUAAAGCAACAGCACUGACCGUUGAACAGCAAGUAUGUAUUGCACUGCGUCUCUAUGCAUCCGGCUCAUUCUUGCAAGUUAUCGGAGAUACAUUGGGGUAUGACAAAGGAACAGUUUCUCGUGUUGUAAAUGAUGUGACAGAUGCCUUGAUUGACAUUAAGGACGAUUUUGUGAGUUGGCCUACAGAUGUGGAUUCUAUCAACAAGAUCAAAUGUGGGUUUUACAGGCAAAGCAACUUUCCGAAUGUUUUGGGGUGCAUUGACUGCACACAUGUGAGAAUACAGGCACCAUCAGAUGAUGAACCAUCCUUUGUAAACAGAAAGGGGUACCACAGCAUAAAUGUGCAAGCUGUCUGUGAUUUUGAAGGCAGGUUUACCAAUAUAUUUGCAAACUGGCCAGGCUCCACUCACGACUCCCACAUAUUCAACACAUCAACUUUGUCUAAUCACCUCCAGACAAAUCACAGGGGACUGAUAGAUGGUGUUAUUCUUGGGUACAGUGGAUAUGCUUGUCGCCCUUACCUGCUUACUCCAUAUGCCAAUCCAACAGAGAGACACCAGCAAAGGUUCAACGGAUGCCAUGCCAGUACUAGAUCCGUUAUAGAGAGGACUUUUGGUAUUUUGAAAAGACGGUUUCAUGUCCUUCAUUCUGAGGUAUAUUUAUAUUAA